AUGGCAACUGGAGCAGUGCAACAUUCGCCUAAUGAGGCGCCAGGCACUAUGGGCUUGUCCAAACUGAAUAACGAACUGCAUAAUCGGGAGAAGCAGUUCGUUGAGUCCCUCCGCCAUUCUCCGAGAGCAUCGAAUCCAUUCCUCAUCACCGAGCGCCCGGACGAGAAGCAGCUUUGCAUCUCAUCGCGAAGUCUGCAAGUGAGCGAUUUUGUGCUCAUUAAGACUCUUGGAACCGGCACUUUCGCACGUGUGUGGCUUACCAGACUUAAGGACCAAAAAGAUAAGAACAAAGUCUAUGCGCUGAAGAUCCUUCGGAAGGCGGACGUGAUUAAACUCAAGCAAGUCGAACAUGUGCGCAACGAGCGGAAGACUCUUGCAGCGGUCAUCGAUCACCCUUUCAUCACCACCCUUAUUGCAUCAUUCUCGGACGACAAGUGCCUCUACAUGCUGCUGGAUUACUGUCCCGGAGGCGAGAUAUUCACAUACCUACGACGACAAAGACGAUUUAGCGAAGAUACCUCGAUAUUCUAUGCCGCUGAAAUAACAAUGACCAUUGAAUUCCUACACGAUGUUCAUGGGGUCGCCUACCGUGAUCUCAAACCGGAGAACAUCUUGCUGGAUGCCGAUGGCCACCUCAAACUCGUUGACUUCGGGUUCGCCAAGCAAGUUGACAAUCGUGAGACCUACACGUUAUGCGGCACACCAGAGUAUCUGGCCCCCGAAGUUAUACAAAACAGCGGCCACGGACUUGCAGUGGACUGGUGGGCUCUUGGAAUUCUAAUCUACGAAUUCCUGGUUGGACAACCUCCUUUCUGGGACCAGAACCCCAUGCGCAUCUAUGAGCAAAUCAUCCAAGGCCGUCUACGCUUUCCAUCGAACAUGCCACCCGCAGCUCAAAACAUCGUCUCCUUACUUUGCAAGACAAACCCUUCGGAGCGACUCGGCCAUAUAUCUGGCGGCUCGACCCGAGUCAAGUCACAUCCAUUCUUCCAAAAUGUCGUUUGGGACGACUUGUUCUAUCGCCGGGUAAAGGGGCCUAUCCUUCCACGCCUAUCACACCCCGCGGACACCGGAAACUUUGAAGAAUACCCGGAUCCCCCCGACCUCAGACACACGAAUAUCUACACUGAGGAUCUCAAGAAAAAGUACGAGCCGCUAUUCAAUGACUUCUGA